AUGCCUGCCGGACCCAUUUGGAGCAGCCUCACCAUCGCAGUUGGUACUUAUCCCAAUCAUCUUACCCAUAUCAGACUCAGCCAUCACAUGCGCGAACGCUGUCUAAAGCUUGGUGCAUUGGCGCCCGGCGAUGUCUUACCGAAUGUGGAGGUCCAUCCUUUCUGCAUUUUGCUCGCCUACCUGAAUGGCGAUGAAUCUCUUUCGGUCUUCAAAAGACAAGCCACCGAUCCCAGCUUUCUUCUUAUCUUUGCGCAUACAUGGGCACUGGCAGCUCGUCUUAGCCUCCGAACGCUUCAAAAUGAGCUAAUCUCAGUUGUGAGUAAACUCUACACCGUGAUCAACGAAGGAACAUGCAGUUAUCAGCGAUGCACUUGGACAGAUAUCUAUCUCCUUCAAGCCUUUCAGCACAUCCGCUCGCAGUUCGGACCAGAAACUCACGCUGAAAACUUUCUCGUGUGCUUCAGUGGUAGAACAGCGCCAUUAAUUGGCGAGCUUGAGAAACAGCUGAGAAGCAAAGAUUUCGACUUUGAUAUCCAGGAGAAGAUAUUGAAAGAAGCCCGGUCAUUUGAGCGAGACCUCAUCAUACACUGUCCUCACAUUUUCCACGUUAGCACAUUGAACCCGCCAAGUUACCCUCCACUCGAUGUACAACGAUUGCCACAAGAUGAGAGCUCAAAUGCCGAUGCGACAAGAUUCGAUGGUGCACCUUACAAUCCGCGACCAAGAUGCGCCAGACCGAUACAGUCCACUUUAUACACAAGAUCCCGGCGACACGAGCAGCUCCGUCGUGAACGAAGGUCGCAAACUCAAUCUAGGCUAUGCGACUCCAGAGCAUUACCUUCCAAUGUCACAUAUGCAUCCAACGCUACCUCCGUCCAGCGCCAUGUCUCCUUCCGCCUGUCACAUUCAGACACCGUGUAUGAUUCAGAUCCUGCAGAAGAAUAA